CACAAACCAGUAUCAUUGAUCCCAGUGACUUCAGCAACAGUGUACAGAGCAGCUCUCAAGUGACAAUGGCAUUCAAGUUUGUCGUCUUCCUCGCUUCCCUGGCCGUUGCCAGCGCUGGAUACCUGCAGGAAGCUCCAUUGUCCUACAGCACUCUGUCACAUGCUGCCCCACUGGCCUAUAACAACUACGCCCAUGCUGCUCCAUUGGCGUACAACAGCUACGCUCAUGCCGCCCCGGUGACCUAUGCUGCCCAUGCCAGCUAUGCCACCCCGGCCAUCGGAGCUACCCACGAGAGCACUGUCCGCUCCCAUGAUGCUACCGUGUCCCACUACUCCAAGGCCGUCGACACGCCAUACUCGAGCGUCCGCAAGUCUGAUACCCGCAUCACCAACGAAGCCCCCAAGCUUGCCUACGCUAGCUAUGCUGCCCCAGCUGUCGCUACCUACGCCCAUGCUGCCCCAGCUGUCGCCACUUAUGCCCAUGCUGCUCCUGCCGUGUCCUACGCCAAGCAGGUCAGCUAUGCCACCCCAGCUGUCGCCACCUAUGCCCAUGCCGCUCCAGUUGCCACCUACGCCAAGCAGGUCAGCUAUGCUGCCCCAGCCCUGACCACCUACGCUCAUGCUGCUCCAGCUGUGUCCUACGCCAAGCAGGUCAGCUAUGCCACCCCAGCUGUGUCCUACGCCAAGCAGGUCAGCUAUGCCACCCCAGCUGUUGCCACCUACGCCCAUGCUGCUCCAGUCACCACCUACGCUCAUGCUGCCCCAGUUGCUGUCGCUAAGCAGGUCAGCUAUGCUGCCCCAGCCAUCUCUACCUACGCCCAUGCUGCCCCAGCCGUGUCCUAUGCUGGUUCUUAUGCCCCAGCUCUGUCCUACGCCCAUGCUGCCCCAGCUGUUGCCACGUACGCUCAUGCUGCUCCAGUGACCGUUGCCAAGCAGGUUAGCUAUGCUGCCCCAGCUCUGACCACCUACGCCCAUGCUGCCCCUGCUGUGGCCACCUACGCCCAUGCCACCCCGGCCAUCGCCUCGCACUCCACGGUUGCCCAUGUUGCCUACGAUGGUAGCCACGCCCAUUACGCUUUCUAAGGUGUUUUUGAUUUCAAUUGUUGAAAUGUUGUAAAUAUUGUACUGAUUUUUGUUGGAAUGUCAUGAAUUGAUGCAUUAAAAAAUGUGUUGAACAACA